AUGUGUACCACCGCGAGGGCGCGCUGCGAGCUGUGCGGCGCGGGAGCGGACGUGCGCUGCGAGGCCGACGCGGCGUUCCUCUGCGCGGCGUGCGACGCGGAGGUGCACGGCGCCAACUUCCUCGCGUUCCGCCACCGCCGCACGCGCGUCUCGCCGCCCGGCCCCGCGGACGCCCUGUCCCGGACGUCCACGGCCGAGUCCGCGGCGCCGCCGGCCAAGGGCCAGAAGCCACUUGCGCGGGGCGACGCGGUGCUCGAGGGCUGGGCCAGGCGGAUGGGCCUCGAGGCGGUGGCGGCGCGUCGGCAUGCCGCGGCGGCCGGCCGCGCGCUCCGGGCCCAGGUCGCCGCGGGGCCGCCACGCGUGCCGCUGCGCGUCGCGAUGGCGGCCGUGCUGUGGUGGGAGGUGGCAGCUCACGGUGGCGUCGACGAGCCCGGCGUCGCGCUCCGGCGCCUGGAGGCCUGCGCGCACGUGCCGGCGAGGCUGCUCAUGGCGGUGGAGUCGUGCAUGGUGCGCGGCCGCGGCAAGAAGCGGACGGCCGCGGAGGGCUGGGGCGAGUGCUCACCACCCCACACAAGAGACAAGACAAGACACCAUCUUCUCCAAGACAUGGCAUGACUCGUUCGCUUAGGCAUAUUUUUUCUGUAAAUAUAAGUUAAGUGUAAAGGUUGAUCAAAUCUUAAGGUCACGCCUGUCGUUGGCCUUUUCGGAAAAAGA